GGCGCGCGUUUUGUAUUUUUGUCGUGCCGCUCUACUCUGUGAAAGAAAAUAUUCAAUAAUCCCAUCUGUUCGCCGGCUGUAUUCUGACUGUGCCGGGCAUCAAUUGAACUGUGAUUUACACGUAUUGUUUUGUUGACGGCUGACGCCGCUGCACCGGCCGGCUUCUACAGUGUUUGGUAUUUUCGGUACCUAUCUAAUCAGUUUUUACUGCAUUGCGUUAUCGUGAACUGUGGUUUUAUGUGGUUUAUUCUAUAAUCGGAACGAAAUAUGUCUCGGCUAAGUAUAGUGAUAUUCGGCGCGACCGGCUUCACGGGCAAGCACGCCGUGCGGGAGCUGGUGCGAGUUGGCAAGGCCGACAGCGCCCUCACGUGGGGCGUCGCGGGCCGCUCCAGGGACAAACUGCAGAGCAUGCUCGACGAGACCUCCAAGGCGACUGGUGAAGACUUAUCGUCAGUGAAGAUCAUAGUAGCUGACGUUGGGGACGAGAAGUCUUUGAAGGAGAUGUGCUCGCAGGCCCACGUGCUGGUGAACUGCUGCGGGCCCUACCGCCAUUACGGCGAGCCAGUGGUCAGAGCCGCCAUCGACGGCAAGGCGCACUACGUCGACGUCAGCGGGGAGCCGCAGUUCAUAGAGUCGAUGCAGCUGGAGUACGACCAGCAGGCGCGCGACGCGGGCGUGUUCGUCAUCAGCGCGUGCGGCUUCGACAGCGUGCCCAACGACCUGGGCGUCAUACACCUGCAGCGGCACUUCGGAGGUACUUUGAACUCAGUUGAGUCCUACCUCACCACUCAAGCCCCAGCCGAAGGCAGGACGUCUGGCGCUAUCAACUAUGGUACUUGGGAGUCGCUCAUCUACGGUCUUGCGCAUUACAAUGAGUUACCUGCUCUAAGAAAAAAGUUGUAUCCGGAGAGGCUGCCGACCUUCAAGCCCAAGUUGUUACCGAGGUCAGUAAUCCACGCCAGGGAAGACGGCUGGUGCCUGCCGUUCCCCGGCUCGGACUCGUCCGUCGUGUACCGCACGCACCGCCACCUGUACGAGCACGAGCACAAGCGGCCCGUGCAGAUCAAGACGUACGUCAAGUUCCCCUCGCUCCUCACCGCCCUGUCCGUCGCGCUCGCCGCCGCCUUCCUCUUCCUGCUCAGCAAGCUCAGCCUCACCAGGGGACUGCUGCUCAAAUACCCGCGGGUGUUCUCCCUGGGCCUGGUGGCCAGGGGCCCGAGUGAGGAGGUGACGAGAAAUACGCAUUUCAAGUUUGAACUGUAUGGCGAGGGCUGGGAGGCGGGCGCGGAUGUGGAAGCCACGCCUCCCAAUAAGAAGGUUAAAGCUCAGGUGUCGGGCGUGAACCCCGGCUACGGCGCCACGGUGGUGGCGCUACUGCACUGCGCACUCACCAUCCUGCGCGAGCGGGACAGCAUGCCGAAAGAGGGCGGCGUGGUGACCACUGGAGUAGCAUUCCGAAACACGCGCCUUAUCCAACGUUUGUGUGAAAAUAAUCUGAAGUUCGAGAUUGUUAAUGACAAAUAAACGACAGUCUA